UCUCGAUGAGGCAAAAUUUAAUUCGAGCUUGUGGUUCCUUUGAGCGGCAGUAUAUACCUAAGCUGCCAUAUUUAAAUUAAUCAUGAAAUCUCGUAUGCAAUGAAGAGUGUGCCGCAGGUGUGCGAGAAUAAAAUAUACUGAAGGCGAAUUAAUACAUGCCAGUUUGACGAAUAUACGCUGAAGGACUGUGUAAAGCUGUCGCAUCGUGCUUAUCACUUGCCGCGGGUAGGAAAGGUCACCGAUUUUUUAAACAUCGUUUAGCAUGUCUUCCGGAAGUGAGUAGUGACUCCGCACGGAACUCAUUUGCCUUGUUCCCCAAUCGAAUUUGCGCAUAUUAAAUGGGUUAAUAUGGUUUAAUUUGAUGGUGGCAGAGUGCUGCGAUGAGCUUCUGAUCUGAUAUAUUUCGUGUCGUAUGACUCCGUGCAUUCAGUGGCAGAAGAAACUAUGACAGACGUACGAGAGAAGAUUUCAAUCUAUUCUACGACAUCAUAAACGACAUGGUUAGUAAAUCAUCAUAUCUAAAGACGUUUGUUGUCGUAAACUUCACGGCAUAUCAUGUUGAUUGUCAAAAUAUAUAACUUUAUGUUGUCAUUUCUAGCUCGCAUUUAUACACAAGAUCCUCUACGAUUUGGUCGUAGAAACAUAUGGCGUACAGAAAUGGAACGAGAUAAGGUAGGAAACAACAGAAGAUUCCUAUAGUUUUGCUCGUUGAUAACGCUAUGUGCCGCUUCAAAAUACAAUAUCUCUUUGCUGUAAUUAGACAGGCUUGUGUAUUCAAUUCUUUUAGCAAAGUUUAUUCUUUAUAUAUUCUGAUCCGUUGGGAUAUUUCGUUGCAGCGAAGAGGCAGGACUGUCCGAUAACGACACGGAAGAGUUUUGCGAUUCUGACAACCACGGCAAAGUCUACGAAGAUGAAAUAAUUUGGAAAAUUGUGAAAAUCGCAUCGCGAAUAUUAGGUAUGAUAAAUUGAUAGCGUCAGACGAGGAUUGUUUACGUUUGCUUUUAGACGUCCGUUUGCUUGUUGAGUCGAAACGUACGGAUACAAUUAACAAGGGCAACAGAAUUGUGAAAAAUUCUAUCUACAUAUAGCACGUAUUAAAUUUCCGCUACGAUGAACUAGCUAGCUAUCUUAGGAACGAUCUUCUCACUUGAGUGGCGUUCAAAGCCAAAGGUGUGAAGUAAAGCAUUUGAGCAGCACUGUAAUGUACAUAGAAACGUCUGUUAUAAGACAUGCUCAAAUAGAUCAAUCCGUAAGGAAUGUCCCUGUCUUGGACUCGCUUACCCUUGUGGACCGGUCAUUUCAUAGGAACUAUGAUAUUAGUUAUACUUAUCUUAAUAUGGCCUUAAAACUCCGUUGGCAAGCUACUGAUGCACAUCACUUUUAGUCAUGAAUAUGUACAUUGAGUGUACGAUAAAAUUUUGCUCAAUACCGGUGUUUGACAAAAUAUUGUACACCUGUGUCGCUAAACGGAAUGGUCAAAUACUAUUUUUAUGGCCGAAUAUGUCUUAUGUGGGUCGCUUAGUAAUAUUUUAUUAGCAUUGACUGACUAUUUCUUGUGUAAACACUGUAAAACAGUAAGCAGGUUUUGACCCGAAGACGAAAAUGGUUUUCCAAUUAAAACAGCCAAUUAACAAGGGAAUGACUGACCGUGGUGGGGGCACAGUAUGCGGUCAUCACCACGAUGGCUCUGAGACUCUGAGUUUUUAAUUCAGACUGUACGUUGUGAGAUUGGAUUUCACAAGCCACGGCUGUUCGUUAAUGAACAUUAUUUUGAACUGAUCAGACGGCUUCAUUUAAUCUCGUCCAGUGUGCAAAUUUGUCUUUUAUCUCUUACGAUCUUUCCAUUAAGGCAGUCAAUGAAAUUUGUGCGUUUAACAAGAUGAUAACAAAUCAAAUUCACAAGCCAUGCCUCCAACAAGCUGGUGAACUUGUUUUUAGACAUACUAUAAAAGAGCGGUAAUGACGCGUAUACUGACGCCGCAUGCUUACAUGAUUUGAGUUUAGAUGUAUAUGCUAAAUGCGUUUUAUAUACAAUCUCAAUUAAGUAACAUUUGCCGCACAAUAUAUAAGAGACAAGUCGGGAAAUUUGAAUGUAACAUGUGAAGUUUUGUCUGCAUGAUUGAUCAUGCCUAGCUAGCUGUGCCUGUGGUGAAUUUCUAUAAAAUGCGCACGAUUCAGACGAGACAGCAUGAUAUGAUAUACAUCAUGGCAAACUAAACAUGAAAAACUGAGUUCAUAUCUAAAUCUUUACCUUUACUAAUCUUUCUAUCCCUACGCCGGUGUCAUUGCAUGUACUUGGCCAGGUUUGAACGUUAUUUUUAACUCACGAAAUGUUAAAUUAAACUAAGCCAGUACCCGUAAAUAAAGCUGAACAAUCCGCAUUACUUCGACUUAUGCCCGUUGACGUAUUAUUAUGCUUAGGCAAACUCUGCAAGCUAUAAUAUGACCACUGAACAAACCUUUCAUAAAUACAAACAAACUGUUGCGGGUAUUACAAUUCUUUCAGUCCAACUGUCUUAAAAUCCCCUAAAUGGGGUACAGUACAACUGCAACACAAAUACACAAUGGAAUAUCAAACCAGACGCACUGGAUGUUUUUACUGAACUAAUGCCAUUCCGGCUGUGCAAAGCAUCGACGGCGAAGCCAACAACUUUAAAAAAUUCUGAUAGCCGGAUGGAUGGGAGUAAUGUUCGACAUGUAUUACAGUCAUCUAAAAUUGCUACUUGAAGAUUUUAUAGUUCCAGAUGCAUAUGUAUAUUUGGCUACUACUUUAGUUAUAAUCUAAGUCAUAUCCACGUGAGGUAUAGUGAAAAGUGCUUCUUUGAGAAACAAUAUACCUGAAUCAAUUAAACUUAUAUAGACACUCUGAAGUAGCCUAUACAGUAUCUUGAUUCACUUGAAUGGGAUGGGACGUAGUUGCGGCUUCGAAAUCAAUGUAUUUUUUACACAGUUGUCAAUCAUCGAUGCAUGAUAUGCACACGUUGAAGUCAUUCAGUAAUUAAAACAGUAUUGAGCUACAUGUGAGGAAAGGAGGUGCACUGCCUUACGAUUUUCAGCACGUUAUACGUCUAAAAAUUGAACAAUUCGUUUAGGAAUCAUCAAAAUGUAGCCAUCUUGUCAAAUUGUUGGUGGUAAAUGCACGAAAGGAAAUAUAACGGUAGAAAACCUCAAAUAAAAACUGAGAUAAAACUUUAUAAUUAAAAAAAACCCGAUGAGAAACCGAUAAAAUUAAAAUAGUUUUGAUGCAAGGUGGAGCUGGAGGGAAUGUACGCAGACGACAAAAACAUAAAGAAAUCUAAAAUUAAAUUUCCAAAAAAUAUAAUUGUUUCAAUAUAUACCAGAUCCUACUGGAAUCUCGCCCGGAUUUGUCAACAAAAUAAUAUGAAUAUACGGAAAAACACAAGAAAACGGCAGUAGAAUGUGGACUGCAUUGUUUAUAACAAAACAGAAAAAAAUAUUAACGAUAUUUCCCAUUGUACUAGCACCUGGAAGGAGUCUAAUAUUUUUAUUGACAAGGCAUAAGUCACUCAUUGUGUAGAUUAAGUCCUUUCUGUAUUUAUAAUGGUAGUUAAUAUAAUUUAAAAGUCAGUGCAUGGUCGACAUUUGUGGUAAGGGAAAAGUACCCCUUAGGGCAGUUUUCCAGUCUUCGCACGAAGCUCCUCGCAGCUCGCUGCGAGUGCUUGCAUCUAAAUAAAAUUAACUGUUUUGCAUUGUGAUUGGAUGAAAGUGCUCAUGCAUCACUCGCAGCGAGCUGCGAGGAGCUUCGUGCGAGGACUGGAAAAUCGCCUUUACACCCAUGUGGUAAGCUGUGGUGUUAAUAUAAUUUGCCUGCAUUAAGUUUAUAGGCAUAUAUGAACGAGAAAAAGUAGACAGAGCACUGCUUGGGCAUGCAGGUAUUCUGUUUUUAUGUUAUCAUGCCGCCUAGAACGUGUAACAACUCCACCCAAAAUACUUACUGUUGAAAAUUCUAUAUAGCAGGCAUUAAAAUAGCGUGUCCUUGUACACACUUUGUGUCCUUGUAAAAGGCGAAUGUGCCCUUGUAAAUUGAAAAGUGUGUACUUGAAAAUAUAUUAAACUGAAAAUAUAUUAAUGUAAUCCACACAAAAUGGCCAAAGAUUUUGCAAAUUCUGUUCUCAGAACUCUGGAAAUGCCAUUUCAGAGACCCCCUUAAAAGCUCGCGUCUUUGACACUAAACUUGUGACUUCGCCACUCGUUCUCGUGAGUCUGCGCAUUUGUACCAAAAAUACGUCUCUGAAGGCAAAGCGCGUCCUUGUAAAAAUUCCGUAUUUUAAUGCCUGCUAUAUAGGAUUAUUCAACCUACCUAGUUAAGUAUACGGUGUGACCUUCAUAGAAAAAUACGCAUUGGACACUGAAAUGUUUUAUCCUCUGUAAAUAUUCGUAAAUAAUAAUAAUAAUAAUAAUAAUUAUUAUUAUUUGCGCUUGUUCUUUGCCUGAUCAAUACGACAACAUAUCGUUUUUAUUUCUUAAUUAAUUAACUUGAAUCUUAGUACACGCCACUUUCUAACAAAUAUAGAGUUUUGUACUAUAAGUUUGACGUUCAAAAACAUACAAUUCAUUUCGAAUAUUUGCGAAUAUUUCGGUUAGGGAAUCAGAAUUCGAUUUUUUAUCAUGAAUGCAAUUUUGAAAUUUUUGAAUGUUCCAGACCAGAAGCUAACCGCAUAUUUCUCCAUUUCCAUGGCAUUUCACCUAGGAAUUAAGCAUGAAAUCUUAGGGAACGUGCAACGCUAUUAGUGCGUGGGCAAGGCAAACAAACACAUUUGGGUUGCUUUGAGGAAAGAUAUCUCAGUAAUUGCAGUAUAAUUACUUUACUUGUAUGUCGACUGUGAAAGGCACGAAAAAUGUUUGAAGAUACAUUCUUUUUGUCCAAGGUAAACGUGGGACACUUGUUAUAAAUGGAAACAUGUGUAUUUUAGCAAGAACUCCUUCAAAAGUUAUUAUAACUGCAAGAGAGUAUCUCAUUCAAUAUUUCGAUUACCUCGAUCUCUGUGGGCGAGCAACCUGAAGGAAUUAAUUUCAAACUUCAAACAAGGCCGAUAAUUAUUGUUGCUAUUAGGAUUUAUGUCUAUAAAAAUAAUAGCAGUGAAAACUAUAUCAGUGUACAUAAAUAUUGAGUGCCGAAGAUAGACAAGAUAUCACACUGUUUAAUUAAUUACAUCAUUAUCGACAUGUUACCAUAGCAACAUACACAUUGGAGGUGAAACCAAGCCAAAGGAUUAAAAUGACCCGGUAUACAAUGGGACAAUUAUAGAAGUGUUGAAAUAGCAAUAUUUGCUUCAUUUAACUCGGCUUAUGUCGGUAAUUGGAAAAGUUAUGACUUCGCAUAAAAAUUUGUCGAAAUAUAAUAGAGCUAUAAUUAUAGACAUGACUGAACAAUUCGUACAGAAGUAACUGAACUCAUGUUCCUUUUCCCAACAGUGUAUUCGGGUAUUUCCCCGACUUGCUUCAAUGUACCCAAAUUGCAAGAUUUCAAUAUGCCGGCUUGUAACGAAUUCUCAUCUGUUGGCUUUAAACAAACCUGUAUUUAAUAUAAAUUAUUCAACAGCAUAGACCAUAAAUGCAAAUUCCCCAUAUGUGUAAUAUGGUCAUUAGCAUAAAUGUUGAUGAAACUAAAUCAAUGCCAUUUCUCGUAUAUUAUUCUUGUCCAUAAAAUAAAUUCUUUUACCUAUAACAUUGGCAUGGAAUGGCGAAAUGGAAACCUUUGUUACCGUUGUAAACCCAAGUUAGAUAUUGAUUAAUAUUCUUCAUGAAAAAAUACAAAUUUUAAUGCUAACUUCGAAUUGGCCCAUUUAACUAUCGAGGGUCAUCUAGAGUUCUCUAGGGAACAAGGGAACAAGGCAUAGUUUGCACAAAAAAAAUCGAAAAUCAUGAGAGCAAGGGAACAUGUAAGCUGGAGAGAUAAAAGAAGGUAUUAUAUGCCAAAAUCAAAGUUCAUGUUUUCUUGCAUCUCAUUGGACGAGAGCGUACGAAUCACGAGUAAUAUAAAGUCGUACGUUUCACGUCUCCUGGCAACACGCAGCUCUCAGCUGUGGACAUUACUUUUAUUCACCAAAAGAACAAAAUUGGUGAGUUGUAAAGCUAAAAUUGUGGCAGGUCCCGUUUCUUUGGCAGCUUUUUUUGUUUUCCUUCACACUUUUUGGCUGUGACUGUCGGGAAACAACCAUACCUAAUUUUAGUGUGCAGUGAUAACCAAUUUGUGCAGUGAUAAAAGUAAAAUGUGCAGUGAUAAAAUGUAAAAUGUGCAGUGAUAAAAUUUGCAGUGAUAAAAAAUUCUUAAAAUUAGGUAUGGAAACAACAUAUUAAUUUGUGGACCCUCGACUUUGGCAUAUUUCCUUCGGGUCCAGUCAAAAAGCCGGUGUUAAAUGAUAAAAUCUUUUUGGGUGACAAGAGAACAAAGGAAAAAUUUCCUAGGCAACACGGGAACAUGGAAAACCCUGACUUUUUUGCAGCACAUCAAGUAGUGAAACGUUGGACAUAACGUAUUUUAUUGGGAACUAAAACACUCGUAUUAAUCAUACGCCACUACAUCCGGGAGUUGAGUGGCGUAUUUUCCGUAUGUCACGCUUAGGGGUGACAUAACAUUUCCCGCCUUUUUCAUUGUUGUUGUUUUGAAAAUUCAAAUGGUCUUUGGUUCGUAUUUAAAACGAAAUUAACGUUCGAAAUAAAACGAAAACAUUUAAAAGACAUCUUGAGAUAAGUAAAAUUUAUUCUAGUUUUAUGUUUGCACUAUAAUUUCAAAAAAUAUCGCUUUUAAUUAACUGGUCUUUCGCGUGCUUAUUUACAUGUCGUCUUUGUGUGUAUUUUUGUCACUCUGAGUAAGUCCAUAUAAUAAACAGAACAUUAAAUGGUUGCGAGAAGAUAUGGAUUUAUGUUCUCGUGUCAAAAACAAUAUCUCACUCGUUCGCUGCGCUCACUCGUGAGAUAUAUAUUGUUUUUGCCACUCGAACAUAAAAUCCAUAUCUCUUCGCAACCGUCUAAUAUCCUAUAUGUAUUACAUACAUGUUAUUGAUCGGUUGGGAGGUCCGUCUGAAAAAAUAUUUUCUCGAGGUCUCAGAAGCGCCCCGAGGACGAAGACCGAGGGACGCUUCUGCGGGCCCAGAGAAAAUUUUGUUCUGCACAGACAGACCUAAACGGUAAUAUAUAACGUGUUUAUUUUUUUGUUUUAAGAUUCAUAGUUUAUAUAAUGAAAUUCCAAUAAAAUCCCAGUUGCGAAGUAGGCUACAUUUGAGAUCAGUUGCCUUUGUUACUUUAGUGUAACCAUAGUUAAUAUAGAAGUCUAUAUAUUAACUAUGGUGUAACUUACAGUAAGUAUAUGGCUGAAAAAAUGACGCGAUUAUAAAAGCUGGAUAAAAAGCGUCUAUAUAGUUUCAAUACAAUAUAUGCUUUUCUGCUCAACAAGACAAUUAUACAGAAGGUUAACUAAUUGGAAUUAUUUAUUUUCCGGAUCGUUUUACAUUAUGAACAUGCUUGAAAAAUGGUUUUUGACAGACAACUAUAAAUUUUACUCGCCGAUAUUUGACUGAGUUGAGCCCUGGAAUCAUGGCCGGGUUGCCCGCUCCUCACAAAUAAAAAAUAAAAUGAUAUAUGUUGAAUGCAUGCAAAGCGGUUUUGAAAUAAUCGACUAUACAAGCUAUGGUCUGGAUUUAUAUUCACGACAUAAUUAUAUAAAUUAUAUAGUGUCUCAGAAUCUUGAUGCAUCAAUGAAGACCGCUAGUGUUGUGUAAUGGUUGUCUGCUGUAUCAGUUUUAUCAUGCAUGCAUGAUGUCUUGACGGCCGCCGAAAUCUUUGUUCUCACUUAUCUUUUAAUUGCACAAUCCGCCACAAUGGUUAAAAGACAUUUUACCAUAAUAGAAACUAGCAUCUAUCAGUCUGCUAGUUUAUCUAGAUUUCAGAUUUGCCUGUUUUCCAUUCACGACAAUUUCCCGAUGAAAAAGUGGGCGUGUUCGUCCUGAAAGCCUUUCAACAGGAUUCGCAUAAAACUUUUUAGACUUAAAAUUGCCAUCUUGGUUCGAUAAAAUGCUACAUGUGGCCGCCAGGUGCCGCACGUGUAGUGAUUUUUCAACCCUAUAAUACUACGUAGGGACCUCACAAUCAAAGAAAAGAAAAUUUAAGUUACAAAUACCAAAGGUUAAACUAGGUUAUUACCAAUUGACAGAAUUUGGGGCAUCUCACUCAACAGAACUAAUUGUAGAAUGGUUUUGUUUUUAGUAAUUCAUCUUGCAUGGAUAUUUUGGAUCUUUGUAAUAAUUAAAAUGCUAUACUAAGUAUACAAAAUUCAGCGUGGUCAAGUUUUUCGUCAGAUAGUGUGAGUUUGCCAGUCAGAUUUCGGGAAAGAUUUUAGCCCUUUUUACAAAUAAUGCAUGACCCCAAAUAAUACUAUUUCUUGGCUAAAUUCUAAGUAACGUUUGUUUUAGAUACAUCAAUAGACGACUUAUUGGAUGCAUUCGGAGUAAAAUUUGUAAACGUGAGCUUCGCCGAUCAUCACAAAAUGUUAACAUCACUUGGGUGUUCGUUACACAGCCUGCUGAACAACUUGGAUCACAUGCACCAAGUAUUCAAAGAGGCGAAGAAAUAUGAUGGUAUGAAGGCACCUUCGUUUACCUGCGAACCUGCAGAUUCAGAGGGUCGUGCCCUCGUUGUACAUUAUUAUUCGGUGAGAAGAGGUUUAGAGAAGUUUGUUUGUGGAGCAUUACGACAAUGCGCCAAAGUGAUAUACGAUGUAACUGUAGCCGUUAACGUUUUCAAAGAAUUCGAUCCAGAAACUGGGUGUGUGUCUUUUAAGAUAGAAAGUUCGGAUGCAUCGCUUAUCGGUCAAGCCAAGGGCGAGAACGGACAAACACAACGAAAUAAAUCCACGAGUGUCAAAGAUCUUCCAAUUAGCAUGGAAACCUUUUGUAAAGCCUUUCCGUUUCAUAUAAUCUUUAACCGAAAUUUUGAAAUUGUUCAAAUGGGAAGUGCGCUAGUGCGAAUUCUCGGCGGAACCCUUUCAAACAACAACAGACGUUUAAGCGACUAUUUUACACUAGUUAGGCCGGAUAUCGAGUGGAGUUUUCGCUCUAUUCAAGCGCAAUGCAAUUCAUCGUUUCUGCUUCAUCUCAACAGUUCAAUUUCCGAGAAAAUAAAGCGAGUUAUUAAUCUCACCGGGCAAAUGAUUAGUAUACCCGAAUCGGAGUGCAUACUUUACGUUGGUUCUCCCGUUGUGGAAAAUCUGGAUCACUUGCGCAAGCAGGGUUUGUAUAUUAGUGAUAUUCCAAUCCACGAUGCGACUAGAGAUUUGAUUUUAGUGAGCGAACAAUCAAAAGCGCAAGGCGGCCUGAAGAAACGACUUCAGUCCCUUAAAGCUAAAGUACAAGAAACGUCUGCAGAACUUGAAAACGAGAAAAAGAAGACCGAGGAUCUAUUGGAACGAUUUUUCCCAAAGAUGUUGCUAAGCAGCUGAUUCAUAAGGAACCUGUUGACGCCCAAACGGUUGAGAGCGUGACAAUGUUAUUCAGUGACUCGUUGGCUUCACAGCAAUCUGUGGAAAGUGUGCACCCAUGGAUGUUGUGAAUAUGUUAAGUAUUCUCUACACCAAGUUUGAUACGAAAUGACAGAGCUGGAAUUGUACAAGGU